UUCAAUUGAAAUCUACUUGCUUCAAUAUGUUCAAAUUCGUUGCUAUCUUCGCUCUGCUGGUUGCCUCCGCUUCGGCUGGCCUCAUCGAGACCCACCAUGUGGUGCAUCAGCCCGUUCUCGCCAAGGUGGGCACCGUGGUGCACAGCGCUCCUUCUGCCGUGUCCCAUCAGAGCAUCACCCAGGUGCACAGCAAGCCAGUCAUCCAACAUGUUGUUGCUCCAGUCCUGAAGACCACAGUUCAUGCUGCUCCUGCCAUCGCUGUUCAUUCUGCUCCAGUUGUCCAUGCUGCUCCUGCCAUUGCUGUUCACUCUGCUCCUGUGGUCCAUGCUGCUCCUGCUAUCGCUGUUCACUCUGCUCCUGUGGUUCAUGCUGCUCCAGUUGUCCACGCCGCUCCAGUUCUGCCUGUGGUGCACUCUGCUCCUCUAGUCAAGUCUGUGCUGCACACAUCUCCCUUCGCAGGCUUCUCUGGGCAUCAUUAGGAUAAACAACAGAACCUUUGCUAUUUGCUUGUGAUAAGAAAUUUAUGAUUUUUGUUGAAAUAAAUUUUACCAUUCCAUAAAUAAGU